CUCGGAAAAAUCCAAGGGAAAAAACUUACAAAGUUUGUGAUUUUCUGAUCGUUUCGUUAAUUAAUCAUUUACCCAUUGUUUCUCGCCUGAUUUGGCGCAAACCCUUUUGGAUUCUGGUGAAAAAAGUUGGGAUCAGAGGAAGAGUGAUGACGACUACGGAAGGGAUGAUGGAGAUGGGUGUGUUGGAUGAUAUUAUUAGGAGAUUAUUGGAAGGUAAAGGUGGGAAACAGGUUCAGCUUUCGGAGAUCGAGAUCCGUCAACUUUGCGUUAACGCCAGACAAAUCUUCCUUUCUCAGCCUAAUCUUCUCGAGCUUCAUGCCCCCAUUCGCAUCUGCGGUGAUAUCCAUGGACAGUACCAAGAUCUUCUGAGGCUAUUUGAAUACGGAGGCUACCCUCCUUCAGCUAACUAUCUCUUCCUGGGUGAUUACGUUGAUAGAGGCAAGCAAAGUCUUGAAACAAUAUGUUUACUCUUGGCUUAUAAAAUCCGGUACCCAUCCAAGAUAUUUCUCUUGAGAGGAAACCAUGAAGACGCUAAGAUCAACAGGAUUUACGGGUUCUAUGACGAAUGCAAACGGAGAUUUAAUGUGCGGCUUUGGAAGAUAUUCACCGAUUGCUUCAACUGUUUGCCGGUAGCUGCUCUCAUUGACGAGAAGAUCCUAUGUAUGCAUGGUGGGUUGUCACCGGAAUUGGAAAACUUGGGGCAGAUUCGAGAGAUUCAAAGGCCUACAGAGAUUCCAGACAAUGGUCUUCUUUGUGAUUUACUUUGGUCUGAUCCUGAUCAGAAGAAUGAAGGGUGGACCGAUAGCGAUCGAGGUAUCUCCUGCACGUUUGGAGCCGAUGUAGUCGCUGACUUUUUGGAUAAGAAUGAUCUCGAUCUCAUUUGCCGAGGCCAUCAGGUAGUGGAAGAUGGGUACGAGUUUUUCGCAAAACGGAGAUUAGUCACGAUAUUUUCAGCUCCAAACUAUGGCGGGGAGUUUGACAAUGCUGGUGCAUUAUUGAGUGUGGAUCAAUCUCUCGUUUGCUCCUUUGAGAUUCUGAAACCGGCUCCAGCUUCUGGCAGUAAUCCUCUCAAGAAGGUACCGAAAAUGGGGAAGUCUUGAAACUCAAUAAAGCUUAUUCCCUUGAGAGAUUUGGUUUCACAAGCUCAAGCUAGGCUCUGUGCAUUUCUUCAGAUGUAGGCAAACUGCAAUGGAGAAGAGAACCUCAAAGGCUACUUUACUUAGUCAUUAAAAGAAGAAGCAUCUG